AUGGUUGACUGGAUCAGCCUCGCCAUACCGUUCGCCUAUCUAGGCAUUUUGAUCGGAUCUCUAGCGACAUUCUCGUCGUUGUAUCGCAGGCGGAAAUCAGCCAGAGCAUUAUCUCUCGAACCAUGGUUCCCCGCCCAUCUUCAACGGGAUAUAUACUUCUCGCUACUACACCAGGAGAAGAAAGUACCCGAGACCGUGCUCAAGGCUGCACUGCUACGCCGUGCGGCAGAGGAUAUUAGACGCGUCAUGGCGAUACGGGAUCAGAAGCAGGCUUUGGCCCUGCUUUUGCAGCGUGGUAGUGUUGGGGAUGAUUUGUGGCAGAGGUUUCAGCGCGCGGAGAAGGAGAUGGAGGAGGAAGUGCGUGAUGUUGUUCGUGAGGCAAACGCAUAUGCCCCCAACUGGGGCCAGACUAUCUUCCAAUCCGCCCGCGAAAUGGAUCAGAACAAUCUUUUCCGCCAGCGUAUUCAGGAAUAUCAAGCGAGCGUAAGCGAGGAAGUGGAGUGGUGGGCCCGGAAGAAGGAGAGUAUCAAACAGGGAUUUAUGAAGGAACUGGACGCUGAAGAGAAAUCUACCUCUCCCUCCACUACCACGACAACGGCGAAUACUACGGCAACAGCGAAAACUGAGUCUUCAGCGCAGAAUGUCUCUGAUACUGCGCGUCCAGGCACGGCGGCUGUUAGUGAUGAUGAUGGGGUUCUGGUUGAGGCGGAGGUGCCGAAAGUAGCGACUGGGACGAGCAGUGUGAAGAAGAAGAAGAAGGGGAAGAAAUAG